AUGCCCCAAGCUGUCAUAAACCAACAAAUUGUAUCGGAGAACAUGUCUCUGCGCGACCUAAGGACCUCCAUGAAGAGGGACCCAGAAGGGAAUGGCAUAAGCGCAUUAGGUUACGAUGGUGUCUUUCGCACCUUUGAUGCCGAACGGAACGUUCUUGAUGCAGUUGGCCUCAACCCCACCCGGAUCAGAGAAUUCUAUGAGGGCCGCCCAAUGCCUGAACGAUUUCUUACCUCUGACGGCAGUCGAGUAUCUCGGGAGCAAAUGUUCUCUCCUAAUGCAGAGGAUAUUCCAAAGAAGUUAACAGACGAGGAGAAGGCCAAGAUCCAGGCAUAUAACGAGGAUCUGGAAAAGCGUGGAGUUGCAAGUUGUGGUCUGGGCGAAUCAGCACAUAACAGUGAACCGAAUCCCAGGUAA